ACUGCCAUCCCAAAACUGUUCCCACAAAGUUGGGAGCAUGAAAUUGUCCAAAAUGUCUUGGUAUGCUGACGCCUUAAGAGUUCCCAUCACUGGAACUAUGUGUGCUUCAGCAUGCGCUGACCCCGCUCUGUCAUUUUACGUGACCUACCACUUUGUGGCUGAGUUGCUGUUGUUCCCAGUUGCUUCCACUUUGUUAUAAUACCACUAACAGUUGACUGUGGAAUAUUUAGCAGCAAGGAAAUUUCAUGGAUGGACUUACUGCACAGGUGGCAACCUAUCAUGGUACCACGCUUGAAAGCACCACUAAGCUCCUGAGAGCAACCCAU